CUCGUUUCGUGAGAAGAGCUGAAGAGAAGCCGAAGACAACUCUUGUGUCCACUCUUUGGCCCCGAAGACACCCCAACGCACGCAAUGUCGCGCUUUUUGGUCACAAAGAGGUCGGACGGCGAGGACCGGGAGCUGAUCGUCGACUCUGCGAUCGCCGAAACGCAGACGCAGUCGUAUGGGUCGACGCGCGCAGAGAAUAGCGCCGACGCGACGACAUGUGAGGACGACACCUUUUCGGCCGCCAAUGACCGCCAGAACGCGAUGUUUCUCUUCUCGGAGGACGAGGACCGCCGCGUGUCGUCUCUCCUGUCACGCCUCGCGAACUACGACGACGCCAUUCAGCCGCCGGUCGACGCGAACGCCGACCAAAAGGCGUCGGCCGCGCAGCCGAAGGCCAACCUCGGAGUCCUCACUGGCGUCUACUUGCCGUGCAUUCAGAACAUCUUCGGCGUCAUCAUCUUCAUCCGCAUGACUUGGAUGACGGGAACGGCCGGAGUGCCCGCCUUCUUCGCAAUUGUGCUGCUCUGCUGUUCCGUCACCUUUUGCACCUCCAUCUCGCUGUCCGCCAUCGCCACCAAUGGCAUCGUUCCGGCCGGCGGCUCCUACUUCAUGAUCUCGCGCUCGUUGGGGCCGGAGUUCGGCGGCGCCGUCGGAAUCCUCUUCUUUUUGGGAACUUCCGUCGCGGGAGCCAUGUAUAUCGCGGGCGCCGUCGAGAUUAUGCUCAACUACUUGUGUCCGCAGUUCGCGCUCUUCGGCGACUUCGAGACCAACAAAGACAUCCUUUACCACAACAUCCGGAUCUACGGAACGCUUUUCCUCAUUAUCAUCGGAUUUCUGGUCUUCAUUGGCGUCCGCUUUGUCUCCAAGUUCGCGCCCAUUGCCCUCCUCUGUGUCCUCGUGUCCAUUGCGUCCAUCUAUUUGGGGAUUUUCGUCAAUUACGCCGGUAUUCAGGACUACAAGAUCUGUACGAUCGGUGGACGCGUUCUGUCCGACAAGAAUUCGCUCAACUGCUCGCAAGAAGGUCUUCGGCGCAUCUUCUGCAACGACACCUUCCACUGCGACCCCUUCUUCGAGGCGCAUCUCAACGACAUCCACCACGAGCUCGCCAUUCCCGGACUCGCUUCCGGCGUCUUUUGGGACAACUUGAUGCCGAAGUUCCGCGAAAAGGACGCUCUCGUGGCCACCGAAGUGUCGCCGUCGAUGUCGGCGCAGAAGGACUACCUCUCGGCACUCAACUACAUCUUCGUCGACAUCACGUCUUCGUUCACGGUUUUGGUCGCCAUUUACUUCCCGUCGUGCACCGGAAUCCUCGCCGGAAGCAACCGUUCGGGCGAUUUGGCGGACGCGCAGAAAGCCAUUCCUUUGGGAACACUCGGCGCGCAAUUGACGACUUCCUUCGUCUACCUCUCAGUCAUUCUCCUCUUCGGCGCCUCCUAUAACCCGCUCUUCAUUCGCGACAAAUUCGGAGAAUCGCUCGGCAAAGAGCUGGCCGUGACGCUCAUCUCGUGGCCCCACCCCCUCAUCAUCCUGAUUGGCGCGCUGUUGUCGACGUUCGGCGCCGCGCUUCAGUCACUGAUUGGUGCGCCGCGCCAUCGCGAAGGACUCCAUAAUUCCCUUCUUAGAGCCCAUCGAUUACGUUUCAUCCUGAUUGGCGCGCUGUUGUCGACGUUCGGCGCCGCGCUUCAGUCACUGAUUGGUGCGCCGCGUCUUCUGCAGGCCAUCGCGAAGGACUCCAUAAUUCCCUUCUUAGAGCCCAUCGAUUACGUGAACAAACGCGGAGAACCCGUCAAAGCGAUCGUCGUGUCGCUCAUCAUCGCCGAGUGCGCCAUCUUGAUCGGGAACCUGGACUUCAUCGCUCCCAUCCUCACCAUGUUCUUCCUCAUGUGCUACAUGUUCCUCAACCUCGCGUGCACUGUGCAGUCGCUGCUGCGGUCGCCGUCGUGGCGUCCGCGCUUCCGGUACUUCCAUUGGUCCAUUUCGCUCAUCGGCAUCUUCCUCUGUCUCCUCGUCAUGUUGCUCUCCUCCUGGGUCUACACCCUCUGCGCAAUGGCUCUCGCGGCCUUCAUCUACAAGUACAUCGAGUACAGGGGCGCCGAGAAGGAGUGGGGCGACGGCAUCCGCGGACUCGCCCUCUCGGCCGCGCGCUUCUCGCUCCUCCGGCUCGAGGAGGGCCCCCCGCACACCAAGAACUGGAGACCGCAACUCCUUUGUCUCGUGAAACUCAACGCCGACACUCUGGACGUAAAGGCGCCGAAACUGUUGACAAUUGCGUCGCAACUGAAGGCCGGAAAGGGAUUAACGCUUGUGUCGAGUGUUUUGGAGGGACAGUUCGAAACGGACGCUGGUUUGGCGCAAACGGCGCGCCAAUCCCUGCGCCACCACAUGGACAGAGAGCGCGUGAAGGGCUUCGCGGAAGUCGUGGUCUCGCGUGACGUGACGUCCGGUCUCUCGCAUUGCGUGCAAACGGCGGGUUUGGGCGGUUUGAAACACAACACUGUGAUGAUCGCGUGGCCGCACAAGUGGCGCCACUCAACAUCACGUGACAAACACAACCGCUUCCUCUCAUUGGUGCGUUCGGUGACGGCCGCGAACGCCGCGCUCGUCGUCGCCAAAGGCCUGCAACAGUGGCCCGAAAACAACGACCGUUUGGGCGGAAAUAUCGACAUUUGGUGGAUCGUCCACGACGGCGGACUGCUCAUCCUCCUGGCCUACGUGUUGUCGCAACACCGCACGUGGCGUUCCUGCGCGCUCCGCGUCUUCACAGUCGCGCAAUUGGAGGACAAUUCGGUGCAAAUGAAGAAAGAUUUGGAGAAAUUCUUGUAUCACUUGCGCAUCGAAGCCGUCGUCGAAGUGAUCGAAAUGUCGGACUCGGGUUCGUUGACCUCUCAAUGGAUCUCAAUGCACACGGCCGUGCGUCUGAACGAACACAUCCUGGCGAAGAGCCACCAGAGCAAACUAGUGAUCGUCAACAUGCCGGGGAUCGCGCGCAAGAUGUCUUUGGGCUCUGAGACCAACUUCAUGGAGUUCGUCGAAGUGCUCACCGAAGGCCUCGAGAGGGUGUUGUUGGCGCGCGGGUCGGGCCGCGAAGUGAUCACUAUUUUUAGUUAG